AGGAGCGUCACUGUCGGCGUCCUGGAUGCUUUUCACCCUGAAGCUCCUCCACUGAUUUAUUCUGCGCUGUUUGGAGCUGGUUAAAACCAAACAGGAGAAAGGUUUCUCUCCAGUCAUGCAGAAGGUGGAGGGACGGGUCACCCCGGUUAACCUGCCUUCGUCCAGGGGCCCGAGCACCCCGGGGUCUCCUGCCACCGGCAUCGUGGCCCGUGUGAACGACCAGGUGGUGGGUUACAGGGACCUCGCUGCUCUGCCCAGAGAUAAAGCCAUCCUGCAGGUGGAGAGACCCGACUUGAUGUCUUACCAACCACACCUGACCUUCUCCCCACUCGACGUGCCACGCAGAGAGCGCUCUCUGUCUCCUCCCUCCACUUCUCCUCACAUGUCCCCCGGGAUGAAGGGACGCAGAGCAGAAAGUGAGAGCGGCUCCCCCGGAGGAUCAACGCUGCAACUGCAGGGAGAACGCAAGAUCAGCAUCAGCCUGCAGCAUUUCCACAGGCCAGAUAACGGCACCAACAUCUACAGGAAACCUCCCAUCUAUAAAAAUGACGGAAACAAACAUGCGGAGGGCAGCGGCGUCAUUCAGUCAGCAAAGUUUCCAGCAGCUCAGCCUCCAGAUCCCAGCCAGCCGUCCAAGAUCGAGACUGAGUACUGGCCCUGCCCCCCCUCACUGGCUGCCAUGGAGAUCGAGUGGAAUAAGAAGAAGCUGCAGGAGCAGGAGGAAGACGAGUUUGAAGACCUGACAGAUGAAGCCGAGAUGCUGCGAGAACAGGAGCUGGAAAAGAUCAAGUCCAACCUGGGCCGCCUGAUCCUGAAGGAGGAGAAAGAGAAAGCCGUUCAGUACAGGAGGAAGACGCAGUCGCUGCCCGACAGAACACACAUGCAUACCAGUUUGUCAGCGAGUGCAUCAAAGUCUCCUUCACGUUCAGGCUCAGGAAUGACCAGAAUGCAGUCUGCAGAAUUUUCCACAGAUGGAGAUAAAGGACAGCCAGCUGCUCAGAACGGCGAGGCUCGGAGGGAGAGGAUGGACAGAGGAAACUCGUUGCCGAGUAUCUUGGAGCAGAAGGUGUUUCCGUAUGAAGCGCUGGUUGUGACCCACAGGGGGCGCUCUAAGCUGCCGCCUGGCGUCGACCGCACUCGGCUGGAGCGUCACCUGGUCCCGGAGCAGUUUGAGGAGUUGUUCGGGAUGUCGAUGGCGGAGUUCGACCGCCUCUCUCUGUGGAGACGAAACGAACUGAAGAAGAAGGCCCAGCUUUUCUAACAGGAAGUGACCUCAUCGCUCGCCACACACCUUCGAGUACCUGACGAGCCAUCCGCUGUAGAGGAGGAGGAAGAGGAAGAGGAAGAGGAGGAAGAGGAAAAAACUAGAUAUAUCCAGUCAAGAGCAAAUCAUCCUGUUAGACCAGACAAACAUGUUCUCCAUCAAACUAACCAAUCACGUCCCUGGAUGAGUGCCCCCCCUCCGACCCCCUGCCCUACCUGCCCCCCCCCCCCCCCCCCCCCCCCCCCUCGAGGAGGAUCAGAGUAUUUCCUGAAGGCUGGCCCUGAUUUAACCCUUUACUCUGACUAACCUUAGUUAAACUGAUGCACUGACACUCACAUUAUUACCUGUGCUGCACUUAUAAUCACCACUGCUAACAAACCAUCUUCAUCAUCAUCAUCAUCAUCACCACCAUCAUCAUCAUCAUAGUUAUGUUUCACCUGCAGGCGUCUGUUUCAUGAAGCUGAAU